UCAGACUACUUGUUAUGCUAUGUAGGACCUUUCAGAAUAUCAAGAUGGCGGCGUCCGUACGAGUAUGCUGUGCCCUCCGAAUUAAACUAGGAGGGUUAGCACCACUUCGUACAGCAGGGGGCGCCCUGCCUCUCUCUCACCUGGUCAGAUCCAUUGCCUAUCAGUGGCCCUCUAGCCCACCAUCUCUUGCAGCCCCUGCCACCUGGAUACAGACCAGACAUGGCAGCUUCUUCAACAAGUUGACAGCAGAGGAGCUUUGGAGGGGAGUUUUGGCAGAGACGGGAGCUGGUGCUCGGAAGGGUCGCGGGAAGAGGACCAAGAGAAAGAUGAAGAAGGAUCUGAAUCGAGGCCAGAACAUUGGAGAAGGGCGCGGGGGCUUCCUGUGGCCGGGGUUGAAUGUGCCCAUCACGAAGAGUGGCACCAUCAUGGAAAUGUCUCGCCGCGGGGAGUCAGAGCAGCAGGAUCUGCGAGCGGAUCUUCUUCGGCAGCGCGAGGAAUGGGAUCGCAGGAGGAAGCUGAAGUUUAAGCGGGAGCGAGGUUGGACUGGCAACUCCUGGGGAGGGAUCAGUCUGGGGCCACCGGACCCGGGACCCAACGGAGAGACAUACGAAGACUUUGAUUCCCGAGUGAUUGAGGUGAAGAGUGUUUUCAACAUGACAGCCAAAGAGGGCAGGAAGCGGUCCAUCAGCUGCCUGGUUGCCGUCGGCAACGGGAACGGGGCUGCUGGUUUUGCGUUGGGUAAAGCAACUGACCGUCAAACUGCACUGAGAAAGGCAAAGAAUCGGGCGGUGCACUAUUUGUACUACAUUGAGAGAUACAACAACCACACCGUUUAUCAUGAUAUCAAUUCCACUUUCAAGAGGACCACAUUACGCAUGAAGAAACAGCAUAAAGGUUAUGGCCUGCGCUGUCACCGGGCAGUUAUCACCAUCUGUAAGCUGAUCGGUAUAGAGGACAUGUACGCCAAGGUAGAGGGCUCUGUCAACCUGCUCAACAUCACCAGGGCUCUGUUCACCGGACUGGCCAAUCAGGAGACCCACCAGUCCCUGGCUGAAAAGAAGCAGCUCCAUGUGGUAGAGUUUCAGCCGGAGCGCGGGCCUCUGCCUGUCGUCGUAGCCACCCCCCAGAAGGGACUGCGUUCUGAACCCGAGCCCGAAGAAGAGAUUUCCAACACGCGUCUCCACUGGUCCGACGUCCGUGCUGCUCAGGGCAUGAAGCGCUCCGUCUGGGCUGGGGUCAAGCGGACCAUCUGGUGACCCCAACACAGCCCCAUGGACCGGAUCCACUGGGUUAGCUUGUAACUAUGUUGGCUUGAGAUUGUUCAGUUGUGAGUGUGUCUGAGGGAAUCCUGGGUCUCAGGCAUCAUCAUUUAUUCAUUAAAACCGGAGCCUCAUGGAAGUCAUCGUCAAGAGUCCGUCAAGUGGAAAUAAAUCAACAAGCCUAGACAUUUACCCAAAUGCAAAGGUAUAGCAUGAUGACAUUGUAUUUCAGCAAAGUUUAUGAAAUACUCCCUAGAGUUUUGCAGUAAAAUUGUUCCCAAUGGAUUAUCAUUUAGAAUUUUACUAAUACUAUUGUUUCAAAAUCAUUGAAUGGAGAUGUCAGUGUCUAAUAAAAAAAAAUUCCUCUGAAA